AUGGCAAUUACCAUACGAAGUGGUAAGGUAUUACUAGGCCCCUCUGUGGGAAAGGCUAUUAGUGAAGAGGUGAUCAAAGAAGAUAUUGAGCUUGAAGAAUGUAAUCCUGUGGAGUUUGAGAAGCAGGAUGACAUUGAUGUUCCUUCUAAUCAUCAGCAGGUUGAUGGAAUGGAAAAAGGGAAACACAAAUUAAAGAAGAGGGUCGGCGAUAAAAAGUUUAGUAAAUUCAUGGCAAUGUUGAAGAAGCUGACAGUGAAUGUACCUUUGGUGGAGGCACUUGAGCAGAUGCUAAGAUAUGCUAAAUUUAUGAAAGAUCUUGUGAUGAAGAAAAGAGUAGUAAGCUACGAACCAUUGGAUAAUCUACAUCAUUGUAGUGCUAUUUCUACAAGAUCUUUGGUGCAGAAGAAGUCAGACCUAGGAGCUUUCACCAUUUCUUAUACAAUUGGGUCUCUUGAUGUUGCUAAGGCCUUAUGUGAUAUAGGAGCGAGAAUAAAUUUGAUUUCACUAGUUGUUUAUUAA